AAAUAACAAAAAAAAAACAACUAGAAAUACAUAAGUAGGAAAGGAAGAAUUAAAAAAAUUAAAUUAAAUGGUAAGUUAAUUGUUUGCAAAUAGUGAUUCUUAUGAAUUUCGUUAACCAGUUGAUUGGUAAUCUCUCUAAUUAUUAGAUUACCCAACAAUAAUAAAAAACCCAAUGGAUUUAAGUAAAGUUAGGGAAAAAUUAAAAGAAAAUUAGUAUGUAUAUGUAGAAGAAUGUUUCGAUGAUAUUUAAUUAAUUUGGGAUAAUUGUAAAAAUUAUAAUGCGGAAGGUUCUUGGAUAUAUAAAUUAUCAGAAAAACUUGAAAAAUAUUUUAGAAAUAUGAUUAAAAAUUAUAUACCUUCAAUAUAAUUUCAAAUAUAAAUAAUGAAAAAAGAAAAAUUAGUAUAAAUGAAAAAAUAAGAAAAAGCAGCUCCUAUUUAAUAGAAUUUAUCUAAAAAUACAUCUUAAUAAUAAAUUGCUCAAGAAUAAAUAGUUGUUGCGAAAGAAGAAUAAGUCCCAAUGAGUUUAUAAGAAACACUUUCUUUUUCAUAAAAAAUCAAAUCUUUACCAGCUGAAUAAAUAGGAAUGAUAGUCCAUAUGAUAUAAAAUAGUUCUUCUUAAGCUUAUAAAGAUAUUGAUAAAGAAAAAUGUUAAAUUCAUGUAGAUUUAAUAGAUAGAGAUACAUUUAAAAAAAUAAAUUAAUAAAUUGAUAUGUGGAAUGUUUCAACUGAAUAAAUAAAAAAAAAAAUUAAAAAUUGA